GGCGCGGGCUCGGGGGCGCGCACACGCACACAUGCAUGCAGCGCAGCCACCCGCACCCGCACCGGGCAGCAAGCGCCGGGGCGCGGCCGUGGGGCGGCCAGCCAGCGGCGCGGGCCUGCAAGCGGAGGAAGAAGCGUCCUCGGCGGGGCCCGGGGCGCCGUGCGGGGCGUGCAAGUUCCUGCGCCGCCGGUGCGUCCCCGGGUGCGUGUUCGCGCCGCACUUCGGCGGGGGCGGUGGCGGCACCGGGGUCGGAGUCGGAGUAGGGGUAGGGGUAGGGCGAGGGAGGGAGCGCGGCGCGGCGGAGUUCGCCGCCGUGCACAGGGUUUUCGGCGCCAGCAACGUGGCGAAGCUGCUGUCACGGGUGCCCGCCUCGCUGCGCCGCGACGCGGCGCGCACGGUCUGCUACGAGGCCCAGGCGCGCAUCGCCGACCCGGUCUACGGCAGCGUCGGCACCAUCCUCGCGCUCCAGCACCAGGUAUCUCUCCUCCAAGGCCAGCUCUCCGUCCUGGAGUCUCAGCUCUUCAACCUGCGGCUGGCCUUCGCCGCGAGCGCGCACCCCGACACGCCGCAGCACUUCGUCGUGCUGCAGCCGGCGUGCUCCGCUGCAUAUACGCCGAACCAGGUGGUGGUGAACUACGACGAACUUCCGCAGGCGGUGGAUUUCAUGGACGCGGAGCCCGCCGCGCUGAGGGGCAUAGAACCUCUCCAGCUCUCGCAGCCACUGCAGCGGGAGGAAGACGAAAGCCACCAAGACAUGAAUCUCUUCUCGGACAGUGUAGGACAACGGCAACUGUAAAAUUACGUGUGCAAGUGCAAUUGCAUGAUCAGGUCUCUAUGACUAAUAUAUGCACUGUUUAAGUUCAACCUUCUUGUGCGAUUUGAAAAUUUCACAGGAUCAUCAAUCAUGAAUAAGUGUAUUCUAACCUGAUCAAUCCCUCCAUGUAAAAUUAUGAAACCACCGGGGAAGAUGCAAAGUACUGACCAAUUCUCGAUGUGGGAUGGCUUCAGAACGACCAGAUUUGUGAUUCGGGCCGAAAUUUUGGGCU